CAUUUGGAGGGAAAUCACUCUGUUUUGACAUUCCGAUGAUUCACAUACACACAAAUUUUGUGGUUCUUCAGUAUGAAAACGUUGAAUUUCUCUUUAUUUUUUUUUUUUAACGUAAGCCAAAUCAAACCUUGAAAAUACGUUCCAUAAUUGAGAAAAAUUGUAAAUUUUUCAAAAAUUUCAUCCGAAAAUCCCAAAUUUUCUUUUUCCAAUUGCAAUUUAACGUUCAGUUUGAAUCAUCCGAUACACUGUGCUUGACUAACUUCAGUCCAAAGUUCCACACACAUACAUUUGAGAUCGUAUUGUGCGCGCUGUGCUGUGUCCAUGACGGUCAUACUAACAGUUGUGUUGAUCACACACGCCAGAUUAACUGCGAACAGUGUCAAUAAACACGCAAUUUUUUGAAGAAGCAACAGCAUCUCAACGCCGUCACCACACAUACCGGCCAGAUUUCAUUCAGUUUUGUUCAUUUUUUUUAAAAUCUGGUGUUGAAAUUUAGUUGGUCAUUUUUUUUCGGCAAAAACGAGAAAGAGAAUAGAAAUCAUUCAAUCUGAUUUUUUUUUUUGUCGCGACGAUUGUGAUUUAAUUGAAACUUAUUUUGUGUAUAGGACGCGAUUAUCAAGAGAUUUGUAGUAGCUGUAUAAAAUAAUCAUGGAAAUCAACGAGGAAAAUUUUAAAACAUUGGCACAAUACUUGCAACAAACACUCAGCCCAGACCAAAAUGUUCGGCGACCAGCCGAACAGUUUCUGGAAAGCGUUGAAAGCAAUCAGAAUUAUGCGAUUCUGCUGCUAAAUUUAGUGGGCAAAGAAGAUGUUGACAUGACAAUACGCGUUGCCGGCUCAAUUGCAUUCAAAAAUUUCGUCAAACGCAAUUGGAAUGCACAUGCGGAUACCGAUGGACCAAAUCGAAUUCACGAAGAGGAUCGUACGGCAAUCAAAACGUACAUUGUGACGCUGAUGUUGAAAUCGUCGCCGUCCAUACAGAAGCAGCUCAGCGAUGCGGUUAGUAUCAUUGGAAAAUAUGAUUUUCCAGAGAAAUGGCCGCAGCUCAUCGAUGAAAUGGUGGCCAAAUUCGAGAGCGGUGAAUUUCACAUCAUCAAUGGUGUACUUCAAACGGCCCAUUCCAUCUUCAAACGCUAUCGCUACGAGUUUAAAUCGCAAAAAUUGUGGGAAGAAAUUAAAUUUGUGCUGGAUAAAUUUGCAAAGCCACUCACCGAUCUUUUGGUGGCCACCAUGAAUCUGGCCAAAACAUAUGAAAACAAUGAGUCCGCAUUGCGUGUCAUCUACGGUUCACUGGUUCUGGUCACCAAAGUGUUUUAUUCGCUGAAUGCCCAAGACUUGCCCGAAUUUUUCGAAGAUAACAUGGCCACUUGGAUGAACGCCUUCCACGAACUUCUCAUCACCGACAUACCGUGCUUGCACACUGGCGAUGAUGAAGAGGCUGGCGUGCUGGAGCAAUUGCGAUCACAAAUUUGCUUUAACAUUGGACUGUAUGCACAGAAAUAUGACGAAGAGUUCGGAACAUACAUGCAACAGUUCGUGACUGAUGUCUGGGAAUUGCUCGUCAAAACCGGCAUUCAAACCAAAUACGAUGCGUUGGUAUCGAAUGCACUCCAAUUCUUGUCGACAGUCGCCACACGAAAUCACUAUCGUCAAUUAUUCGAAGAUCCAAAGGUAUUGGCCAGCAUUUGCGAGAAGGUUAUCAUUCCAAAUAUGGACUUCAGAGCAUCUGACGAGGAAUUGUUUGAGGACAAUCCAGAGGAGUACAUUCGUCGUGACAUCGAAGGUUCGGACAUAGAUACGCGUCGUCGAGCGGCAUGUGAUCUGGUGAAAACGUUAUCGCAAAAUUUCGAAGCGAAAAUAUUCGAGAUAUUCGGUCAGUAUUUGCAGGUUCUCCUGUUAAAAUACUCAGAAAAUCCGGCACAGAACUGGCGUGCCAAGGACACGGCUAUAUUUUUGGUCACAUCAUUGGCAUCACGUGGCAGUACACAGAAGCAUGGUGUAACGCAAGCCUCACAGUUAGUACCAUUGCCACAGUUUUGUGAGCAACAAAUCAUUCCGGAAUUGAACCGGCCAAAUGUGAAUGAAUUACCGGUGCUUAAGGCUGACGCCAUCAAAUUCGUGAUGACAUUCCGAACGCUGUUGGGUCCACAAACGAUGGUCGCUUGUAUGCCAAACUUGGUGCGACAUUUGUCAUCGGAGAGUCAGGUGGUGUUCAGUUAUGCGGCGUGCACCAUUGAAAAGGUGCUCACAAUGCGAGCGCCAGAUAACACAUUGCAAGUGACCGUGGCCCAAUUGCAACCGAUUGCCGGUGAUCUGUUGAACGGACUGUUUGCCGUGCUGAACGGUGCACAGGCCAGCGAAAAUGAAUAUGUGAUGAAAGCAAUUAUGCGCAGUUUUGCCACAUUGCAACAAGCCAGCAUGCCAUUUAUGAGCGCCGUACUACCAAGACUCACCGAAAUCCUGGAAACCGUUUCGAAAAAUCCAUCACGGCCACAUUUCAAUCAUUAUUUGUUUGAAACACUUGCAUUGGCCAUCAAAAUUGUGUGCACCGCCGAACCGUCGGCAGUCAGCUCAUUCGAAGAAGCACUCUUUCCCAUCUUCCAGAACAUUUUGCAACAGGAUAUUUUGGAAUUUAUGCCAUAUGUCUUUCAAAUGCUCGCAUUACUAUUGGAAGUGCGUGAAAGCAGCGCCAUACCAGAAGCAUACUGGGCACUAUUCCCGUGUCUGUUGACUCCCACACUAUGGGAUCGUCCCGGAAAUGUUACACCAUUGAUCAAAUUAAUUUGCGCAUUCAUUCGACAAGGAUCACCACAAGUGGCAGCCAUGCAAAAAUUGAAUGCAAUACUUGGUGUAUUCCAGAAAAUGAUCGCAUCCAAAGCUAACGAUCAUGAGGGCUUCUUUUUACUACAAAAUUUGUUGCAAUUUUAUCCAACCAAUGAACUGCAGGAGAACAUUCGUCAGAUAUUUGCGUUGCUGUUCCAACGUUUGACGCUGUCAAAAACGACCAAAUACGUGCGUGGUUUCAUUGGGUUCUUGUGUUUCUAUGCAGCUAAGAUCGGCGCUCCACAAUUGGUUGAAUUAAUUGACAACAUUCAGGCACAAAUGUUCGGCAUGGUGAUUGAACGUGUAUUGAUAUCGGAUUUGGCUCGUGUUGCGGGCGACAUGGAUAAGAAAAUCGUAGCGGUUGGUGCAACGAAACUAUUGUGCGAAUGUCCAGCCAUGUUGGUGCCACCGUAUCGUAAUUAUUGGGCGAAUUUGUUGCAAGCAUUGAUCACAUCAUUUGAAAUGCCACCCGAUGAAACGGCAUUGGAAGGUGAUGAUUUUGUGGAAAUUGAAAAUGCAAUCGGCUAUCAAGCGGCCUAUUCGCAACUCAACUAUGCCAAAUUAAAGGUGAUCGAUCCAAUUCCCGAUGUGCAAGAUAUACGCAAACAUUUGGCCGAAAAUCUAGCUAAAUUGUCCACAUCACGACCCGGCGAUAUACCUACACUGAUUUCCGCACUACCAGCCGACCAUCAACAAGCACUCCAAAAAUACUGCGCUCAAAGUGGCACACAAAUCGUCUGAAGUCAUUCAAGUUCCCAUUGCAUGUUCUACCUUUUUCUUUUUUUUAAAUCAAUGAAUCAAUACUGCAACCUCAUUUCAAUCAGAUUCGCAUUUUUUUAAUUUCAUUUUUUUUUGUUACAGAAAAAAAGUUUCAUCAAAAAACAAAACAAAACCAAAAUCUUUCAAUGUAAGAAAAAUUAUUCUCAUCAAAUGACAAAUAAAAACGAAUUUCCAACAAUUGUGUUACAAAAAUAAA